AUGUCGGCACGGAGAUCCUCUGGAGCCGAUACAGCGCCAUACUCUGCGGGUGCCUAUCAUCUCUCUGGCGGCCAUGCCAUCACUCGAUACGAUGUUACAUUCGUUCGCAUAACGACAGAUACCGGAAUUGAAGGCUGGGAUGAGAGUACUCCGUUUGACCGAUACAAUGCAUCGCAUGAUGGCGGCAUCCGAGCUGCCAUCGCCGAGAUAGCCCCUAAGAUAUUCAGCCUUGACCCUCGAAAGGUCGACCGCAUCAGCGACGCCAUGGAUGCAGCCCGUCUGGACGUGGAAGGGACGCGGAAAUACAUUGCUGACUCGAGAGCUGCUGGGUAUACUGUGUUCUCUGUCAAGAUCGGGUCCGAUCCGGUGGCUAACGCCAUCCAGGUUCAGGCAGCGCUUGACGAUCAGACACAUGGAGAACACUUCCUGGUCGACGCCAAUGGCAGAAUGGUGGUUGAGUCCGCUGUUCGGAUGCUCAAGCUCCUUCCUGGUGGCCUGGACUUUGUCCAUGAAGCCCCCAUCGCUACAUAUCGGGAGAGCAUCUCCCUCUGCCGCCGGACGAACGUGCCUAUCAUCUUUGACGAUCUGGCAUCAAAUGAAACUACGCUUGCUCAAGUCAUAGCUGAUGAUGCCAUUGACGGGAUAGGACUAGAGAUCUCCAGGACCGAUGGCUUAACUGUCUCACCGUUGACAAGAUCGCCAAAUAAAUUGUUCAAUUAA